AUGCCCUCGUCCCUGUCCCCCCGUGCCACUUCCUUCUCUCACCUGGUGUGUCUUCUCCUGCAGGACUACAUCUGCCCACGGUGUGAGUCUGGUUUUAUUGAAGAGCUUCCUGAGGAGCCGAGGAAUGCUGACAAUGAGACCAGCUCCUCUACGUCAGCCACUGAUCAGAGCAGGCAUCCUUUUGAGAACGUGGAUCAGCACUUGUUCACCUUGCCCCAGGGCUAUGGCCAGUUUGCUUUCGGCUUCUUUGACGACAGCUUUGAGUUUCCCUUCGGGUCCAACGUGCAGCCGGAAGACAACCGGGACUCUGAGAACCGGCGGGAGCGCGAGCACCAGUCGCGGCACCGCUACGGCGCCAGGCAGCCCCGCGCCCGCCUGGCCACGCGCCGAGCCUCGGGCAGGCACGAGGGCGUCCCCACGCUGGAAGGAAUUAUCCAGCAGCUGGUCAAUGGAAUUAUUGCACCGACCACAAUUCCAAACCUAGGCCUGGGCCCUUGGGGAGUCCUGCACUCAAAUCCAAUGGACUACGCCUGGGGUGCCAAUGGCCUGGAUGCGAUUAUCACACAGUUACUGAAUCAGUUUGAAAACACUGGACCGCCGCCAGCGGACAAAGAGAAGAUCCAGGCCCUCCCCACCAUACAGAUCACACAGGAGCACGUAGAUUCCGGGUUGGAGUGCCCUGUGUGUAAGGAAGACUACACAGUGGGGGAGAGCGUGCGGCAGUUACCGUGCAAUCACCUGUUCCAUGACGGCUGCAUCGUCCCGUGGCUGGAGCAGCAUGACACGUGUCCCGUCUGCCGGAAAAGUUUAAGUGGACAAAACACUGCCACAAACCCCCCAGGACUCACAGGGAUGAACUUCUCGUCAUCCUCCUCCUCCUCCUCUUCCUCCAGCUCACCAAGUAAUGAAAACUCAUCGAACAACUCAUGAAUCUUAAUGCACCCUCUGUCCCCGGGGCCCUUCCACUGUUCCCCCUCCCUCCCUGGCCACCUCGAGCAGCCAAAGGGGCUUCCAGAGCAGAACGAGGGGAGGGGACAAGACAGGAGCAAUGCCCCCAGAAUUUCCUUUUGAUUUCUGAAGACACGGAGACUCUGGGUCCUUCAGAGAUGAGAAGCCUCAAGUUCUGUGAUGAAAAAGGGGGGAAAGAGCUCUGUCUGUCAAUAAAAACAUCCUCUUUGCGUGGACUUUACCCAUUGCAGUGCGAGGCUGCUGCGCUCCCCGGCUGGGAACCCCGAGGUGCUGAGCGAGUGGUUGAAUCCCGAAUGGAAAGGUUGUUUGUAUGGGUUUGAAUUUGAGAUCCCUUUCUUUUAUUUCUUUUGCUCCUCCUCCCCUUGGAUACUAUCUUUACUGCUUUGGAGAUUGAAGGCUAAAAUGGAAGCGUAAGGAUGCUGCCUCCCCCCAGGAUCGCCAUCUGGGGAGGAUCAAUAGCUGUCACUGAAACAGGAACUCUCAAGUAGACCCCAGGAUCCUUCCCUGUCCCAUCUCGAGUCCCUUUUAUUUCUCUUUAUAACCUCGCCCGCUGAUACUCAACACUGAAAGGGGUUUUUAUAAUCUUAAAUUAUUACUGUUGUCAAUAAAUGGACAUUUCAGCUCUGCGAGCAGUUAUGCAUGAUUUGAGGAAAGCUACAGGGUAGGCUCUGAGGCCACCAAGCUGUCCUGCCUUCCCCAGGCAGGCUGGGCCUCUCAGAGCCCUCCUGCGUGCUGGGAGUUCCGGUGGGAGCCACUGCCAGCCUGUGGAUCACUGCACAGGUAGCCAAGGAUCGCAGCUGGAAGCAUCCUCGCCUGGUGUUUUCUAUUUUUUACACCUUCUUCCCCUUACAGUCCUGCCCCCCCUCACAGCCGGGGCAGGCUGCUCUGCUGGGCCAACACAGGACUGGGUGUGCAGCAGAACGAGGACCAGCAAAUCUCAUUGUGACCGAGUAAUUACCAGGAAAACAACAUUUUGGAGGAAAAAAAAUGUAUUGCAAAGCUUCUUAAAAUAGAGCUGAUUAAAACAAGGAGAGAGAGACAAAUAUCCAGGUAUGUUUGUGACUCAGUUUCUGUGACAGAGCUGGAGCUCAGAGAAUGACAAGAAUGUCACCUGAUCGAGCAGUGACUCCCUGCCAUGUCCCUGCUUCCUGGGCCCUGAGGCAUGAGAGGAGGAGCUCUCACCAUCCAGUCACCAGGAGCCCGAGCCCCUGCCCCUUCCCCUCACAGGGACUUGGGGUGGUCAGGAGGUUUCCUAAAGGGUCGCCCCCCCCUUUCCCCAAAGGGGGUUCAUGAUGGUGCCACCUGUUGAGACUGCUCUGUGGCAGAGGCCAGAGCAGAUAAAGGAGAACCUGCCAGGGAAGUGGGUGAGGGGUUUUGGGGCAGUCUGGGUCUUCCCUGCCUCUCCCUUGGUUUUUGGGGCCCUUGGAGUGGGCUGGGGCUGCUGGGGAAGGUGCUGGCUCCAGCAGACCUUGGGUCUCUUCUAAAGCAGCAUCACCCCAGGACCUG